AUGUCUGCCCCUAAGGAUGUCCAGUUCAGUUUGAAAGUCAUGAUAAAUAGAGAUAAAACCAAGGUUCUCUUUGCAGAGGCCGACAGUGAUUUUACCGACAUUUUGUUAAGCUUCCUGACACUGCCAUUGGGAAAGAUCGCCAAACUCCUUGUGGAACACUAUGGAGGUGACACACCGGUAGUCGGGAGCUUGACCUCUUUGUACAAUGGCCUUGUUAAUCUUGAUGUUGUCCAUUUUCAUACAGAGACAGGUAAACAAAUGCUGCUAAACCCAAGAAGCGUGUUUGAUAAAGAAUGCCUUAAGCUGAAGCUGAAUUUUUGUGAUUCUGAGCCCACCAAGUACUUUACAUGCGAAUGGCCGAUCAGGGGGAAGCACAAUUUCAGCAUGUACUAUGAUACUGUCGGAUGUGACUGUGGGAUAACUAUGAGCAAAGAAACAGAAUUAAGAUCAUCUGAGGCUGCUGAAGGUGGCAAUGAUCGAGUUUUUUGCACGAAAGGUGCUUCAUUUAUAAUAGGUGAUGAUAUGAGGGUGGCGCCUAAUGUGGCGGGGUCGGUGUUGAGGACUCUAGCGGAACUUGGUAUUAGGGACACCAAAGGGGCCGAGAUGAGGAAUGUGACAUUCGGAUAUAAUGAGAUUAUAGAUUUGCUGAGAGGUAUGCUUGUGUCACGAACUCCUUUGACUGAUGUCAUAAUCGGAAAAGCUCAAACUAACUCUGGAGUUUUCUUACCAAAGACAGUCGUCAAAGCUCCAAAGACAGAGGAAGCAACUGUUUCCAACUUUGAGAAGACAAUGAUAUUGAACGUCAUGGUACAAAAGUCUAAGCAAAAGUUAAUAUUUGCGCAAGCGAAGGAUGAUUUUACCGAUUCUCUCUUUAGUUUGCUCACCAUCCCACUGGGUGGAGCUUUGUCACUUUUGGGGACUAAAACGGGUGUUACGUGUAUAGACAAUUUCUACGUGAGUGUAGAAAAUAUUAAUGGUGACGAGUACUUGAAAACUAAAGACACAAAGACCAAAUUACGGAAUACCCAACUGCCUAUCGGAUAUAUGUCCCCAAGCCAACUUUUCCCUCUAACCGAAGGAGGAUUUCCUGAACUUCAUAUUGUUGCCACUGGACUUCCUGGUCCUCGCCAACUUGUUUAUUUGUCUCCUUCAACUGUGGCACAUACAAAAGUUUCGUCGGGAUAUAUGACAUGUAUAGAGUCCAAUUUGCUUCAUCUCAAGUCUCCAAAAGGCAAUGGGAAUUACGUGAAGGGGCCAACAAUGUAUAUGGUGACCGAUGAUUUAACCGUCACUCCAUUGUGUUUGACCUCAAGCCUUUCUAUUUUGGACCGGCUGGGAAUCCCGUUGUCUGACGUCGAAGAAUUGGAGCUUAAAAUUGGAUUGGAAGAGGCUCUGAGCAUUUUGAAGGCAUCUCUUACCUCGACUUCGGCCCUGACUAAUGGCCUUUUUGGUCCAUCACUGAAAAAGCGUGUGAAACAAGAAGAACACUGA